GAAAAUAAAUAGAGUGUGACCCAAUAGCAUAUGCUCACAAUCCCAUUUUGAUUCCUCAAUGUCCCGCCAUCAAAUAAAGAAUAUCCAUUGCUAGAGUCUCUUACAAUUAUUUGUCCUAAGAUUCCUUUCUUUCAUUCCUUCCACAAAUUUCAUUUCUUAUUUUUAAUAAACUUACCAAUUCAAGUUUAAUCAAUCAAUUACUAGUACUUUAUAUUAUAUACUCUUUCACAUUUUUUUUGCUUUCACCAUGAACUCAUCUCUCUCUAUAAAUUCCUCUCUCUCUCCUCCUUUUCUCUCACAUCACUCCACAACCCAUUUUUCUUCUUCUUCUUGUUCUUCUUCUUCUUCUUCCAAUUUUAAUUCUCUUAGUUCUAUUAGAUUUAGAACUUUUGGAACACAACCCAUCAUACCCUUUUGUAAAAAGACUCGAUUUUUGAGUUUAGAAGGAUUAAAGAGUGAGAAAAGAAGAAAAAGUUUGAAGCUUGUAGCUACAAAAAUGACUAUUGAUGAAGAAAGUUUGUUGAAUGUUAGAGAUGAUGAAGAGUUUCCUCCUGAUUCUGUUGUCAAUGAAUACAAUUCUAGACCACGUAGAAUUGCUCUCUUUGUUGAACCUUCACCUUUUUCAUAUGUCUCGGGAUACAAGAAUCGUUUUCAGAAUUUUAUAAAGUACCUUAGAGAAAUGGGAGAUGAGGUCAUGGUUGUGACAACACACGAAGGAGUUCCGAAGGAAUUUUAUGGAGCACAGUUAAUCGGAUCCAAGAGCUUCCCUUUUCCUUGGUAUCAGAAGGUACCACUCUCUUUGGCACUUAGUCCAAGAAUAAUUUCAGCAGUUGCUCAGUUUAAGCCCGACAUAAUUCAUGCAUCGUCACCUGGCAUAAUGGUUUUCGGUGCUCUUAUCAUUGCAAAGCUUCUUUCUGUUCCUAUUGUCAUGUCCUAUCAUACUCAUGUACCAGUAUACAUCCCUAGAUACACGUUUAGUUGGCUAGUGCAACCGAUGUGGUUGGUUCUAAAAUUUCUGCACAGAGCAGCUGAUCUAACUCUAGUGCCGUCGGUUGCCAUCGGAAAGGAUCUAGAAGAAGCUAGAGUAACAGCAGCUAACAAGAUUCGUCUUUGGAACAAGGGUGUUGAUUCUGAAAGUUUCAAUCCUCGGUACAAGUCACAUGAAAUGCGAUUAAGAUUGAGCAAUGGUGAACCGGACAGGCCCUUGGUUGUUCAUGUUGGACGUUUAGGAGUCGAGAAGAGUUUAGAUUUUCUCAAAAGUGUCAUGGAUAGGCUUCCUGAAGCGCGGAUCGCUAUUAUUGGAGAUGGACCCUACAGGGAGGAGCUAGAGAAAUUGUUGGAAGGCCUGCCUGCAGUAUUCACAGGAAUGUUAAGUGGGGAAGAAUUAUCUCAAGCGUAUGCUAGUGGCGAUGUCUUCAUUAUGCCAUCAGAGUCCGAGACACUUGGUCAAGUUGUCUUGGAGGCCUUGUCUUCAGGGAUUCCUGUCGUGGGAGCACGUGCCGGUGGAAUCCCAGACAUAAUCCCCGAAGAUCAAGACGGCAAAAUUGGAUAUCUCUACACUCCAGGUGAUCUCGAAGAUUGCUUGAGCAAACUAAAACCUCUGUUGCAUGACAUAGAGUUGAGAGAAACGAUGGGAAAAGCCGCGCGUAUAGAGAUGGAAAAGUAUGAUUGGAGGGAAGCUACUAAAACGAUUCGCAACCAAAAUUACAAUACUGCUAUUUGGUUUUGGCGCAAGAAAAAGGCUCAACUAUUAUUACCAUUCCAAUGGCUAACGAAACAUAUUUUCCCGUCUCCCGAAGUCGUAUAGGUAAUGGAAAAUGCAACAUUCUAAACUUUGUAUUAAACAAAUGAGUGAUUGGUUUAUUAUAUUGCAUUCAUUUGUUGUAUAUAUAAUGGAUAAAAAAUUGUGGUAGCUUGUGCCAUAGUUUAUUCCAUUAUUAUAAUUAUAAUGUAGAUUAAUUAAAGUUGAAUGUCAAUUCAUAUAUUGUUAUUUGUCAAAAAAACAAAAAAAUAUCAUAUAUUGUUAUGUAUAAUGUAAGACACAUUUGGGCAACUAGUAAGUAGAGAAUCCAUUCAAGUUUUUGGGAACAUAAAUAUGCAAGAACAUUGCAAAACUUGAUCAAAA